AAAGCACAGCAGAUUCACAAGUCAGCUCAUCGGUUAAGACUUCAGACGAUCUAUAAUCACAAGGGAAUCAUGAGCAUGCUUAAACUCAGGACACUCCUCCUUGGUUAUGCCCUUUUUUUCUGCCAGAUGUCCUCGGAGGCGGCACCAUCCAGUAAGGAGUCCAUGUCAGACGGGGUCACACUAAUGAACAAGGAUGCUGAAACGUUACUCAGAGCUAUCAAAGAGUUCGUGCAGAUAACCUCAGAUGAACCAUCCAAACAACCAGCUGACGAGGAGAGCAAUUCGACAGCACAAAAACGGGCAUGCAACACGGCCACCUGCGUGACGCACCGCUUGGCUGACUUUUUGAGUCGCUCAGGUGGACUUGGACACAGCAACUUUGUUCCCACAAAUGUUGGCGCACAAGCAUUUGGCAGAAGAAAGCGGCAUGGCCUGAUGCAAGACCAGAUACACGCUCAAUAAAUCAGACUUAUCUUCAGAGACAAAACUCCGUCAUCGUCUCGUCACGGUAGAAGGACCUUAAGAAGAAGCAGCAGUUCAUUCCAGAAACUAUCCUUCACAAACAUGGAAAUGUGUCUUUCUUUUAACUAAAUGCUCUGUUGUUAGUGAUUAGAAAACAAAGCUGCUCAGUGACAAGAACUGACUCAUUUUCUCUGCCUUGACCUCUGGCUCAUCUGCAUUUCUGACCCCUUGCUGCCAUAUUACAGUGUGUUGAAAUGGAAAUACUAAACUUUGCAUCUGACACAAAUGUUGACAAAUGUUCUGUGGCUGUUUCUCUUGCAUUUCACUGUGGAUGAGAUAAAUGAUCUGUGAAAGAUAAAUGUUGGAAUAACUGUAGCUGGGGAGUAGGAAUAAAUAGUGUUUUAGCUACUGUGUGACCUGUAUUGUAUGAAUUUUAGAUCUGAUUUAACAAUUUAUGCCAAUUCAUAUUGUAAAGGUACAAACAGAGAAUGAAACAAAGAACAUCGACAGUUAAUAUAUGUUAUGUGCAAACUUGUAAUGCAAACCUUGGACUGUAGAUUGUAGGGAAAUGAACAUGUCUCUCAUUUUGCUUUCUAGUGGUUACAGUAAGUUACUACUUUCAUAUUAAAUUCCACUGUGAUGACUGCUAUGAGUACUAACAAUAGUAAGAAAGUCAUGUGGAAAAGAGACAAUGCAAAAAUCAAAGUUUGACCUCAACAUGAAGCCUGAACAAUCAAAUUCCGCUUCACUCAACUUCAAGCAGAUCAGCAAAUUUCACACAACCCCCAUUAACCGAACAACUUGUGGGAACAUAUUUUUUUCCACAAGUUAAUCACUCAUUGACAAAGACAAAGGUCUACAUUGUGACAAGAGACAUUUCUGAUUUUUAGCAGACAAUAGCCACCUCUAGCUAUAUCUGUAUACACACUUAAAAGUGGAUAUCUCGAUCAGGCUAAAAUCAGGUUUAUCACACACAAUGACCUUUAUCCUUCAAACCUUUCAAACUGACAAACUAAAUAAAUACUCAAUAAUGAUAAAUCACAGCUGGAAUCAUGUGGCUUGUUAAGACAACAGUAUAAAGUUCAGUUCUUUCAGUGGCUUUAAUUAAUCUAUACUUAAACCCUUUUUAUUUCAAUUUUUUUUAGGAUUGUGAACUCAACCAAUCCAAAUUUUACCCAAUCAAUAAAAUAUUUAUCCUCCAAAUGCUAUAUAUUGUUGCACUGACAUACAGUUCAGAAUUUAAUAUGUGAGACUAAAGAUAGAGACGAUCACUUAUAAUGUAACGGACGCAACAAUCAUUCAUUAUGCACAAUGUACUAUUUUACUGAAAGUAAAGAAAAAUGCCUUUUGAAAUUUCUUCAUAAUGAAACUUAUUGUUGAAACAAUUUAAUUCAAUCUUAAAGCUGUUAGCAAAACUUAUUAUGUUAUCUUAGAGAUGAAUAUUUGCCACUUAGUUCAAAAAAGCAAAGUAAAGUAGGUCAUAGUUAAUUAUAAUUAAAGGUAAAAUAGCUUGUCCAGAGCACAAGCUAUUUGUCAUGGUGCUGUAAACAGCGUGAUAAGCGUUGUAACCACAGCUGCACUGGUGCACACUUAUAGAAACACUUUCACACCACUGGCACCAAACAAGACUGGUGAAGUGUCUUGCACAAGGAAACAUAUCUGAGUUCAACAGAAUAGGGAUUUGUAUUAACAACCCAGUCGUCACAGGACAAACUCCUACCUCUUGAGUCACUGAUACCUUCAGAGGAAUUAACAUUCAGUGUUGUAUAUUAACAGCCUGA